GCAUCUCAAUCCCAAAGGAAAGAUGUUGAUUACAAAAUGCAGAGAUAUGAACAAAUUGCUGCCUCAUGUUCACAAAAAUGGUGGCUCCUUGGUGGUGAGGUGCCUCUCUCUAAGUCCAAGUUGUUCCAGUACAAAGGAGGAAUACCAGUAUGUACACAAGUCCAAGGUGCCUACAAUGCAUUUCCAGAAAUCUCUAUUACGACUUCCUAUCCCAGAUUUGGAGAAGACCUGUUCUCGUUACCUGCGAUCACAGAAAGCCCUCUUGUCUGAUGAUGAGUAUAAAGUUACAGAAAACAUUGUUAAUCAGUUUAAGACUGGUCCAGGGUCAGAUCUGACUGCAGAGCUCAAACUCAAGGACAAGGCAAACAAACACACAAGCUAUAUUUCUGGGCCAUGGUUUGACAUGUACUUGAGUGACAGGGUUCCUGUAGUGCUUAACUAUAAUCCCUUUUUGGCCUUUUGGCCUGAGGAAAGACCAGGCUAUGGAGAUCCAGUUAUUAGAGCUACAAAUAUUUUAAUUUCAUCCAUGAGAUUUAUGCGCACACUUCGUGAUGAGGUUUUAGAACCUGUUGUAUAUCAUCUCAACCCAGCCAAAAGUGACACAGAAACUUUCCGCAAUGUAGUUAAAUGGGUCCCUUCAGCUAUUUCAUCUUAUGCAUCUUAUGCCUUUAAGGCUUUCCCUCUAGAUAUGUCACAGUUUGGGAAUCUGUUUAAUUCAACACGCAUUCCAAUGACUGGCAAAGACAUUCUCAAGUGUGAUCCAACUGCACGUCACAUGCUGUUUAUGAAAAGGGGGAACUUCUUUGUUUUUGAUAUUGUUGAUAAAGAUGGGAACCUCCUGCCACCAGACCAUAUUCAUGCCUGCGUUUCAUUCAUUGCUAAUGAUCCUUCACCAGCUCCUGAGCAUUCCAUUGCCAUAUUUUCUUCUGAAAACCGUGACACCUGGGCUAAGUGUCGAGAGGAAUUGAUUUCUGCAGGAAAUGAAGAAGCUUUGAAUCUUAUUGAUACAGCAGCGUUCAAUAUUGUCUUUGAUGAGGCAAAAACAGGAAUGGAUCCCAUAAAAUUAUAUAGAACAUUUCUGUAUGGCAAUGGUACAAAUCGUUGGUUUGACAAGUCUUUUUCAUUGAUUUUCACUGCUGAUGGUCAAACAGCUUUAAAUUUUGAACAUGCUUGGGGAGAUGGUGUAGCUGUGAUGAGUUAUUUCAACGAAGUUGUUAAAGAUGUAAAGCAAAAGGCUCGAAUUCACCCUGAUAGCAAACCAGCCAACAUUGAUGCAUCGCAGUAUGUAAGAAAACUGGAAUUUAAUUUAACUCCAAGCUUGAAAGAAGCUAUUGAUCGAGCCAUCCAGACUUAUGAAACUAACACAAGUGCCUUGCAAGUUGAUGUGCUCGAAAGUGAUAUUUUUGGGAAAAAUUUUUGUAAGAAGCAUAAAGUGUCACCUGAUGCCAUGAUGCAGCUAGGAUUCCAGACUGCCUACUAUCUCCAACAUGGCCAGACUGUUGCAUCUUAUGAAUCUUGUAGCACUUCUGCAUUUAAGCAUGGAAGAACAGAAACUCUCCGUCCUGCUACUUUGGAAACUGUAGCCUUCACAAAAGCUGCAUCUUCAUCACAACCUCCAAGCAAUGCUGAAUUAAGGAAACUUAUCAUGGAAUGUUCCAAAGUACAUGGUAACCUCACAAAGGAAGCAGCCAUGGGACAAGGCUUUGAUCGUCACCUAUUUGCCAUGAGGAAACUUGCUGAAGCCAAAGGUGGAAAAAUGCCAGACCUCUAUACAGAUCCUGCUUAUGCAAAAAUCAACCAUAUUAUUCUCAGUACUUCCACACUGCCAUCAACUGAUAUCAGCUUUGGAGGAUUUGCACCAGUUGUUAGGGAUGGAUUUGGUGUUGGGUAUCAGAUCCAGGAUGAUCGCUUAGGAAUCGUCUUGUCAUCAUAUCCACCACACCGUGAUGGUCCUGGAUUUAUAGAGUGUGCAGAUAAGGCAUAUAGGAUCAUCCACGAUACUUUGUCAAAGGCAUGAUGAUGAUGAUGUUAUAGUAGGUUGCCAUUGCCACUGUAGAAUGACUUUUCAAGAAUACGAAAGUUUUUUGUUAGAAAAUUGUUCAAAUGAAUUGAGUUGUUUUCAGUAAUCUCUGGCAACAUGUUCUUCAGAUUUUAUGGUGCUUAUAUUGGUUAAAAAUACAGUUGACACUGUUAAUCCUAUUUGCAGCCAUUGUGUAUAUUGUUUGAGAGUGUGCUCAUCAUAUUAUUAUUCAACAAGGUUAUGUCUAUAUGUCAAGGCACUGGUUUCACUUGAGUACAAAUGCCCACUUGAAAAAUUUGGAAAAAAGUCAGUGUUCUGGUGAACCUCUUAAGAUAUGUAACAUAGAUUGAACAAUUAAGCAUCUUCUAUUAAGGAAAAUUAGUGGCAGUAGAUGAAAUCUUCAUAUUGUAUUUGGGACUUAAAGUAAAAUUAUAUUGAGUUGUAAGAAGCUUCUUUGAUUAUAACUCCUGGCUGUGAAGUUACCGCAGUAAGGAUAUAAAAUGAAAUUAAAUUACCUUUCCAAAGAAGUGACAUGACUUCAUCUAAAGAUUUUUAAAAACAAACAGAAGUAACUUUGAAAAGUAAAAAAAAAUUAAUUACUUUUUUUUUUUUUUACUGGAUUUCUUUGAUGUUGGCAUUCAGCUUCAUAUCCAUUUUGCCUGCUGAAGUUGUGCACAACAUUUUUCCUACAUUUCAAGGUUGUACGUAUUUUUAUGUGUAAAACUUCCAUAGAACAUGAAGUUAUAAAAGAAUUUCAUUACUUGCCACCAGUUCUGAAUAUUUUUAAUGAAAAUGAAAAGUAAUACAACACCAUAGAAUUCUAACACUUUAGAAAAAUACUAGUGACCCUUACUUUAAGAAUUAACCAUUGAAACAUAUUUCAUGGUUUUUUUAUAUGUACCACAAAAUGUUACUAAGAGCAUAUAAAUUCUCCCUUACAAAAGAUGGCAUCAAGUGGAAGGUUUAAAUGUUCCAGCAGAAAUGGAAUUUAUAAAGAUAAGGGUAUAACAAGGGACAUUGCAUGAUUUUUCCAAUGAAACAAAAUUUUCCAAUAAGAUGUAUUAUUGAUUAUGUAUAGUAGUAUGUAUAUAGUCAAACAUUGAUGAAUUUAGAAAAUAUGAGAGUGGGCUUGUUUAUAGAUUUUUAAUAUUUUUAUUAUACUAAGAAUAUGUAAUUCAAGCUAUCUAAUUCUUAUACAGUUGUAAAUAUUAAUAUAAAAAUUAUAUUUUAUUUAAGAUCAUGGACAUAGUCCAUGAAAACAAUGCAAACAAGCAAUGCAAUUAAAUGUAAGUCAAUGUUA